AUGACCCACAACACCACCCACGUCUUCAACUGCUGCGCCUUGAUCGCGUGCGGCCUGGUGCUCUUCUCACUCCAGUGCUUCUCCUUCUCCGGAGGACAGGACGGCGUCGGUGGCCAUCUGUCGGCGAUCGGCCUCUGGCCCCUCGUCACGGCCGCCUUGCUCGUGACGACAGGUUGCAUCGGGCUCGUCGGCUACGUCGCCCGAAGCCUGGCUUGCGGCCUGCUCUACGUCGCCGGCGUCAUCGUCUUCCAGCUCGAGGUGGUCGGGGUAAUGACCUGGGCCAUGGCCAGCGCGAAGGCUCACCAAGCUGACUACGUGGCUCUUGGGUGCCUGAUCUCAUUGGGGGCCAUGCUCUUCUACGCGGGUCUGCCGAGAGCCACCAAGCCCGAGCGGAAGCUGCUGCGUGCCCUUCUCUCCAUCGAGUAG